CGUCUCGCGCACUGGUCACUGCCUCUGGACCGCUCUCGCUUGCUGUCUUAUAUAUAGUCAACGAAACGAAGAAGGUGGCCAAAGCAGCAGCCCUUGAAAGAAAGCUCAAGAAGGAAGUAAAAGAAGGGAGAAACAAUGGACGGGAACAAAGGGCCGGUGGUGGUGACCGGAGCGUCGGGUUUCGUAGGGUCGUGGCUCGUCAUGAAGCUCCUCCAGGCCGGGUACACCGUCCGGGCAACCGUCCGCGACCCGGCCAACGUCGAGAAGACAAAGCCAUUGCUGGAGCUUCCCGGAGCCAAGGAGCGGCUGUCCAUCUGGAAGGCCGACCUGAGCGAGGAUGGCAGCUUCAACGAGGCCAUCGCGGGCUGCACCGGCGUCUUCCACGUCGCCACGCCCAUGGACUUCGACUCCCAAGACCCCGAGAACGAGGUGAUCAAGCCGACGGUGGAAGGGAUGUUGAGCAUCAUGAGGGCAUGCAAGGAGGCCGGCACCGUGAAACGCAUCGUCUUCACCUCCUCCGCCGGCAGCGUCAACAUCGAGGAGCGGCCGAGGCCAGCCUACGACCAGGACAACUGGAGCGACAUCGACUACUGCCGCCGCGUCAAGAUGACAGGAUGGAUGUACUUCGUGUCCAAGGCCCUGGCAGAGAAGGCCGCCAUGGAGUACGCCAGCGAGAACGGCCUGGACUUCAUCAGCAUCAUCCCCACGCUCGUCGUCGGCCCAUUCCUCAGCGCCGGCAUGCCGCCCAGCCUGGUCACCGCCCUCGCGCUCAUCACGGGGAACGAAGCCCACUACUCGAUCCUGAAGCAGGUGCAGCUGGUCCACCUGGACGACCUCUGCGACGCCAUGACUUUCCUCUUCGAGCACCCGGAGGCCAACGGCCGCUACAUCUGCUCCUCCCACGACGCCACCAUCCACGGCCUCGCCAGGAUGCUCCAGGACAGGUUCCCGGAGUACGACAUCCCGCAGAAGUUCGCGGGGGUCGACGACAACCUUCAGCCCAUCCACUUCUCCUCCAAGAAGCUCCUAGACCACGGCUUCAGCUUCCGGUACACCACCGAGGACAUGUUCGACGCCGCCAUCCACACCUGCAGGGACAAGGGCCUCAUUCCGCUGGGAGACGUCCCGGCACCUGCAGCCGGCGGCAAGCUGGGAGCUCUUGCUGCGGGGGAAGGCCAAGCCAUUGGUGCAGAGACGUAAUAAGCUAGAGCUGCUGCAUGAAUAUUCCUAUUCUUGUGUGUUCGGAAUUUGCAUGGGCAGUGCCCUGUAAUCGGUGGGAUAUCAUGGACUAUGGAGUGCAUCAUUUCAUUUUUAUUUUAUUUUACCUCAGUAGUACGAAAUAAAAAUUGAAAAUGAGGCAUAAACUUUAUCAGUAUUACU